AAAGCAGUAUUUCUGUAAGGAGCUAUUGUGCCAUUAUCAAGAAACAAACAUGUUGGUCCUUCUGGCUGGUAUCUUUGUGGUCCAUAUUGCAACAGUGAUUAUGCUCUUUGUUGCCACCAUUUCCAAUGUUUGGUUGCAAGCUGUGUCAGGUAGUGCUGCUGUUUAUGGAUCGCACGGUAUCUGGUUGGCUUGUUCUGGGGCAUGCACAAGUAUAUUCAAUAUAAUUUCAGCGGACAAUUAUGCCUCCAUGAGAACAGUUGAAGCCUUCAUGAUCCUGGCCAUUAUCUUCUCCUGCAUCGCCCUGUGUGCCUUCAUUGGCCAACUCUUUAUGCUGGAUAAGGGAUGUCGUUUCUACAUCACUGGGGCUCUAAUGCUGGUUUGCUGGCUGUGCAUACUGAUCGCCAUUUCCAUCUACACGGCCAAAUUUGCAAAUGCAAACCCAACCCAAUAUUACCACGGAUACUGCUUUAUACUGACCUGGAUCUGCUUUGUCUUUAGUUUCAUAAUUGGCAUUCUCUACCUAGUGCUCCGGAAGAAAUAAACGUCAUGUCCAGUUCAGCACAUAAACUAGCAGCAAACCCAAGUGAUACAUUGCAGCUCAUCUGCACACUGCAGGGAAACCACCCUUUCCAUUUUUUUUUAAAUAAAAAAAAAUAAAAUAAGUUUGUAUGAUCAUGUGGCAAAAACAUUAAUAUGCCCUAUGUAGUUCAAAGAAGCAUCUCAAAAUCAUUAGCUAGUUAGUCACAAGAUAAUUGUAACCUCCAUACUGCAGUGGCUGAUACCAAGAAGGUUAAUUCGCAUUUUAGUGGGUUUGCUUCUAAACAGUAAAAAAGUUCAGAAUUUAAUUUUGAAAUAAGCAAAGUAUUUUUGUUAUUUUAAUUUAUUUAAACUAUAGUUAAACAGCUAUUUCUGGCAAUGUCACUGCUUCACUGCUAAACACAAUCGCUUAUUCUAUUGGCAACUGUGGGUCCCAUGCGCAAAAUCUCAAAGUCACUUCUACUCAAGACCCUCAUCUGGUGUUAAAGAUUCCUAAUAUAAAGCAAUGGUAGAACAGUUAGUUGCUCAGUCGCUUAGUUGAUUGUAUUGACAAUAUGAGCUCAAGUGACGUUAUCCUUACAUUUAAUAUUGUCCUCUUGAAGGGUUUCUGCCAAGUUAAGAGUAUUGUAUUAUUUUUAACAUUGAAGAUGUAUCUGCAAACAUACUCACUUCCAUGUCUUGUAUACGGGCCCAAGAACCAAUAAAGGUCAUCUGUAUAUUUGUUAGCAUUCACAAGUAUUGGUAAAAUGCACAAUAUAUGGCAUAUGAUGUUUGGCCAUUGACCUGGAGCAAUGUUUGUGCUGAUAAAUGUGGGCACUGAUUUUAUAACCUGUGAACAAAUCCCAUUUAUUUUUGUGUUGCUGAAAAAUUAAGAUACCCCCAAUGUGAAAAUUAAUUCUAUUUCUCUUUAUUCUACCACUGAGCACAUUUUAUGGUUAAGAAGCCACUCUCAGUGAAAUGCCUUUCAGUAAUUUCCACAAUGGACCAAAUAAUUAUAUUACUCUUCUGUUUGUAACACGUUAUAAACAACGUUUUGGAAUGGUAUUAUUUUGGAGUGAUAACAAGAGCAGGAAAUAAUGUGAAAGGCUAACAGAAAUUAAUGUCUGUAGAAUAAAAAGUAUAUGAAAAAAAGUGUAUUUCCAUUUCUGAACUAUGGUAUUGGGAGGCCCAAAAAUCUGGAAGGGGCAGCAAUAUUAUCAGCACAGCUAUAUAACAAGAGUUUGACAUCUAUCCAAUGUCCAAUAUCUGACUUGUGCUAAAAUAAAUCUUAUUCAAAAAGAAGCUCACAAUUACAUUUUUCCAUCCACAAUACCUUUAUGUGACCUCAAGGAAAAUCAUAUGUCAACUGAGUGUUCAGAUCAUAGCUCCAGCCAUGAGUGUGCCAAGAGAUCAUGCAGUGCACUAACAACACAAACACAAUGGACAUGCAGUGAGAAUAUUGAGUUACAUGAAUUCCCAUCAGUUACAAGGAGACGAACUGAGAUAAGAGAAAACAUAUGGCUGAGUAUAUUGUACUGGGAACAGACUUCCUACAGUAAAAAAUGAUUAUGCCCUUAUCUCAUUAUGGCCAUAGCAAUUUGUUACUUACUUGGCUGUCCCAAUCUGCCCUAUCCAUGUCUAUUAUCCCUUUGUAUCUCUGCUUGUCCAUGCCUGCCUUGCACAUGACUGAUUGUCACUGUGCCCCUGUAAACUUAAUCCAUGGAUUGUAUUCCCUGUCUGUACUACAAAAGCCUACUUGUCCCUUUAGCUUCCACCCCCAUCCCUUGCUUCCCCUAUCUGCCAUACCAGUGACUAGGUGUCCCUAUGUGUCUUACCAUGGUCUCUUGCCCACUCUACCAAUAUAUUUUUGUCUCUACAUACCUGACCCAUGUCUUGUGCUUACUUGCCUUACCAAUACUUAGUUAUUGCUGUAUGUGCAACCAAUGUCCUUGUUUCCUUCCCCAGGUAACCAAGUAAACCCUCCAUGACAGACUCAUGCCUUGUUUCCCCUUACACCGCCCAUAAAUGUUUAGGUAUUUUUAAAGCACAAACAAAGCCUAGUUUUCCAUGCUAUGCCAGGCUGUUUUUGAGCUUCUCUGCAAUUCUGACCCAUGUCCACGCUGAUAUCCCUCUCUAAUGUUAGGGCCAGCCUCAGUUUAAAAUAUUACGUUGCACAACUACCAGAGAGCCAACACAACAUUUAUGAAGUUUACUUACUUUCAGUUCACAUAUAAAGGAUGAUAUAUAAUAAAAUAAUUUACAGUUUGCGCAAUACAUAUUAUAUCUUACAAGAGUAUAUACAAAAAGAAGAUGGUCAGUUAGACACUUUUCUUCCAUGAUAGAUAGAUAUCUCCGUAGCCUAGCCUUGUAAAUUCUGUUUCAGUAAUCCUCUCAAAUAGCAGUCACAACUUAAGGUUCUUUUUACGUAUAUGGGAUAAAUAGCUUUUGUCUUUACAAUUACACUUUUACUAAUGGAAAUUGUAUAUAUAUAAAUAUAACUAAAGGUCAUGGGGCUAUUGCUUUUUGUGGAAUGGAAUUAACAUGUAUUUUAUGCUAAUUGUAAAUAUUUUGAUACAAUAUUAUAUGUCUCCAAGAAAUUAAAUACAAUUCUUGCUCAUCCAA